GAGACAGGACGACGAGGGGAGAGGCAGGAAGAGGGCACGAGACAAAUAGGGAAAAUCCCAAUAAUGGAGUGGCGGCGGAGGAGGUCGGUUUCGCGAGCUCGGACUGGUCAUAGUUGACGUUUUCAUUUUCUCAAAAUUGGAUGUAAAUUCUAUAAUUAGGGACUGUGCGCCGAUAUCUCUAGCUCAAAGAAGCCCUCCACGGAUGCCUCAGAUGCUACACGUAAACGGGGGAUCCACCACUGGCACCAGGCAACAGCUUAUCAUUUCUGGUGGGCUUGGAUGAGGAUACUAAAGGACAUAUUUUUAAGAUAGCAUUGGUUGAGGAUAUUGCAAAACCGUAUUACUGUGAAAUAUCCAAUUUCGGACUCCACUUCUCUUUUCUAAGGAACGAUACAUUAUUAAUUACCAGUAUUAUACAUACAUGUAUCUAUUCAACAAUGUUUAGGCUUGUAGGUUCGCAGGUUGAAUCUACAAUGAUAUGGUAGCCAAAAAUAAAUAAAUAAAGGCUAGUCAAUAAUAAUAAUUAAUCAACGUAUUUUAAUAUAAAGGAUUUUUUUCAUUAAUAGAUACACUGCUACCAAAUUUACAAUCACAGCUUUCACAAACGGAGACGCGCAAAGACUGAGUGAGUCAUUAAAAUAACGAAAAGAAAGCUACAGUAUAGUGGAAAACAUGUUGCCUUCACAAGAAGCCGCCAAGAUUUACCAUGAUAACUACAUGCGGAACUCCCGCGCCAUCGGGGUACUCUGGGCGAUAUUCACCAUAUGCUUUGCCAUCAUCAACGUGGUGGUCUUCAUUCAGCCCUACUGGAUCGGGGACAGUGUGAGCACGCCGCAGGUGGGUUACUUCGGCUUGUUUCACCAGUGCGUUGGAAGAGGACCGCACAACCGAGAGCUCACCUGCACGGGAAGCUUCGCCGAGUUCAGCUCCAUCCCCUCCGGCGCCUUCAAAGCGGCGUCGGUCUUCGUGUUUCUGUCCAUGGUGCUGAUUCUGGGCUGCAUCGCCUGCAUGGCGCUCUUCUUCUUCUGCAACACCGCUACCGUCUACAAGACUUGUGCCUGGAUGCAGCUCCUAUGUGCUGUAUGCCUGGUGUUGGGCUGUAUAAUCUUUCCAGAUGGCUGGGAUGCAGAGGUGGUGCGGGACCUGUGUGGGGAAGAGACGGGGAAGUAUACCCUGGGUAACUGCUCUGUCCGCUGGUCUUACAUCCUUGCUAUCAUCGGCAUCCUGGACACCCUGAUCCUCUCCUUCCUGGCCUUCGUCCUGGGAAACAGACAGAACAACAUGUUCCUGGAGGAACGCAAGGCUGACAACAAUAAAGAUUUUGCUGUGUCCGGGAUUGAGGUCCGGGAAAGAAGAAGCGACCCAAGGUAUGUUGGAGUCCAGCGGUUGUACUGAUGGGAUCUUUACCGUGGAUGACCACCUCUCCUCUACUCCUUGCCAUCCAGUCAUCCGGCUAUAUGUGCAGACCACAUGUAUAGAUGUAGGGUCUUAAUUUGAGCCAGUUUGCUCCAGUAGGGAAAUGUGAAUUAUUUUGUGGAUAAUAAAAAAAAAAUGUAGGGGCUUGAUCCAUUUUUUUGUAAGGGAAAAUCAAGUCUGAAAUUUCAACGUGGAAAUAACACACUUCAGAAGUCUUUUUAAACCUCAGAUACACUACAAGUUUAAUGUUUACUGCAUUGCAAGAAAGUUCUCCUGCAACAAGGUGAUCAAAUGAAGAGCCUACAUCUGUACAGCAUUCAGUGUUAUAAAACUGGGAGAAACCAUAUUUUACGAAGCCGCUAUAAUGUUGUAAAGUGCAUUAACAAUACUUUUAAAAAAUGACAGUAUUUGUAAAUAUUAUGUGUCCAAAAGGAACUAUAUAUUGCAGCUUUACAGAAAUCGACAUCUCUGGGAAUCUAUGUACUGUACAUACAAAGUAAUGUAUACAGUAUAUUGGUACUGGUACAUUGGGCAAAAAAACAAGAUCAUCCAACAAUGAAAAUCUUGUUCAGUGUAAUUUCUACCCUUUGCAUAACGAUUUGAGUAAAGGAUAGAAUAAAGUAGAACAAAACAAAUAUUUUGUAAACAUUUAAUAUACCCUAUAAAACUAAGCUUUUGGUGUUUCUUUUUGAAGGUAUUUAUUGUAAACAGUGAAAAUUUGAGAAUAAUUUUUUUAAUUAUUAAACUGAAACAGGGUAGAUUAAAGAAAUUAUCCAGUAGAUAGAUGACAGGAAAAUGUCAUAUUUGGCAUUAAACUCUCAGAAGGAAGCCCUGUAUGCUGCAUUCUCUAGGCACUGAGACACUCGGGCCACAGGUCUCCACCAUACCGUCCAAACUGGCCUUCUACGGCACAUUGCAGUGACCAACACACACUGUGCCAGGCUGCCAGCCCAGAUGGGCUUUCAGUGGGCCUGUGUGUAAUUCACCUUAACACCCCACAAUGGAAAAAGUAUCCUGGUAAAAAUCUAUGUAGAGGCAGGAUUUCUACUAACUUUUAAAAGGAAUAUUUUCAAAUGGUCUCUAGUGAAGGACUACACAUUUGUACAUCAUUUGUCCAUCAUCUUUGCUACAUUGUAUACAGUUAUUGUAAAUUGAGAAGCUAUGUAAGUUUUUAAGUGGCAGCCGAUCCUCAGGAAGCUGUACUGUAAGACAGCAAUUACUGUACACUGAUUCAAACACUAUUGUUCCUCCAGAAUAGAGCCUUGGGUCUGAUGAGACACUUCAAGAUUUCAAGCAUAGUUUUUGUGACCCAAUGAGCAGACAAACCUUAACCCAAUGAGCAAACUACUGUACCUUUAGGUGCAUAUGGAACUCUAUAAUACAGAUGGGAUACAUGACCAGUGACUCCGAUGUUUUAUUCUGGCUCCAAAGUAGCUCUGUCCUGUCUUUGUCCCAUCACUUAACUCAGUGGGAGGGCUCUUUAAAUAGCAGGCAACUAACAAGAGUCAAGGAGAAGAGACACUGGGGAUAGACACAGUAAUAAGAAUAUACAUAAUCUAAAAAGAUUUUUAGAUAUUGGUCUCAAUUAUAGUUCCUAAUUUUUAAAAUAUCUUACCCACAAAAAUGUGGCCAAAAUAUGAUGCCAUCAUUUGAAAAACAUAUCAAUGAUAACUGGCGUAUUGUUUUUGUAUAUUGAAGUAUAAUACUGUAUAUGUGAUUGUUGAGUAUUUCUGCUCACAUUUUAGUUGUAUGUGCUAUUGAAUGAAGCAGUAAUGUACUGUGAGACUUUCACAGAAAAUGUGAUGAUGAUCAUUCAGUCACUCACUUUGUAAGGCAACAGUUAUUGAUAGAGUGAUGACAACAAAAACAACAACUACAACAGCAUCAAAUAAGAGUUUCCCAUUGUCUAAUGACUGUUCAUAUAUAUAAAUGUGUCAAAAUCCUGUAGCCUGCAUUCGGAAAAUAUUCAGACCCCUUGACUUUUUCCACAUUUUGUUACAUUACAGCCUUAUUCUAAA